AUGGCACGCAGGGGACGAUUCCUGCGUCAAAACCUUGAUCGCAUAUUACCUGAUGAAUCAGUAGCUGUCCGUGAAGGAAAAACAUGGCAAAGAGGAGUAGUAGUUCGUCUCGAGAGUAAAAACAUGGUCACCGUCGCGCUGCGAGAUUGGGGCCGUAUCAUUCAGCGCCCAAUUGAAGAUAUGCAUGUAUUGGAGGAUCGAUUCCGCGAACUAAAUUGGCAAGCCGUUCCUUGCGGGCUUGCUCAUCUUUGCCUCGUCGGAGCAAGGUCGAGAUGGCCCCGGAGAAGCAGGGAUCUCACCAGAUUACUACUGGAAAGGAGAGAGGGAUGGAUGCGAAUUAUCAGGAGUAUUGCAGACGAAAGCGCCGUAAUCACCUUUGAACCUAGGCGCGAGAGCGAAGACGAAAUGAGCAGCCUAAAAAAUUUGCUCAUUUCAAUGGGAUGCGCUCAACACACCGACGACGAAAUAGUGCCGACAAUACCCGGUGUAUUAUAA